CUCUAAGAUGCCCCGCUAUGAACUGGCUUUGAUCCUGAAAGCCAUGCAGAGGCCUGAGACUGCAGCUGUGCUGAAGCGCACUGUUGAGGCUCUUAUGGAGAGAGGAGCCAUUGUGAGGAACCUAGAAAACCUGGGAGAAAGGUCUCUACCUUACAAAAUCUCCAAGCACAAGGAGCGCCACAGAAGAGGAGGGUAUUUUUUGAUAGACUUAGAGGGCCCACCUUCGAUUGUAUCGACCAUGAUGGAUCAUUUAGGACGUGAUAUUGAUGUAAUUAGACGUGCUUUUAUAAAGCAUCCUGUAUUAAAGACAGAAGAAUGCAGUGGCAUAAUUCCAGUCAACUAUGAAGAUAAACUAAUUGCGAAGAAGAAGUGAAUAUUCCAAAUAGCACGUUUGAAACUUUUUAAAAACCUUUUUAUUCCUACUUCUGCAAAAAAUUGUGAUAACUAAUGUCCAUCAAAACCAAUCAGUUUUGGCCAUGUUUUGUGUGUGGUAUAGUACACUAUCUUAAGUUAUUGUAACAUUUGAGGUUUCUUUUUGUUUAAAAUAAUUGGAAUAGACUUAAUCUGUAUGCUUAUCUUGAUAUCUGACAACUUGAAAAUUGAUUUUCUUCUCUUCGCGCAUUACAUUGAUAAUGAAGAUUUAUCCAUCAUCAGAAUGCUAAAAAUAGCAUUCUUUUGCAAAGACAGAUUACUUCAGAAUAUGUAUAUUUACAUAAGAGAUUAAGAAGUCUACAGUGUAAAUAUAGCAGUAUAGGAUGUGAUUUGUUGGAGUUUUUUUGAUUGUUGGAGGUGGGGUUUUUUGGUUUUGGAAAAAGAUAAUAAA